UGCUGUGAAGCAACAACAUCCUGGUGUAUAUAUAUCCUGAUAUGAAAUUCAUGAACACAUCAGAAAUAUCGAAUUAGAACAGUUUGUAGCUUGAAAGACGCUGUAAGAUGAACACUCUUUUCAGGAACGGUCCAUGCCACACCUCCAUGGGUCGUGCCUCCGCACUGAGGGUGAGCUUCACGCAUCAGUGCCAUACUAAUCCUCCCACAGGUGUUCAGAGACACAACAAUUGAAAUUUCGAUUUGUAAAGAGUGUUAUUUACGACAACUUCGUAUUCAAGCCUUGGAAAUUCGCUUCAUUAAGGCUCGUCUUAUUUACACUAGGGACUGUUUUUGUUUAUUUAAAUGUUUUAUUUUUUCGAUGAACGUGCAUUAAACACGUUACUGUUGUCUUCCUCAAUCUUCUGUUGCGGUCCGCUUCAAGGAUCCCACUGUGCUGAUCACAGUAAGCUGAUACAGUCUUACAGGAUUUUAACCGGCAGUUGCUAUUCAGGGAAAUCUGAGUUUUAUCAACAUACCCAACUUUCUGAAUUGACCGCAUAUUCAAUCCGUACUCAAGUCGGCGAACUUCAGGAGGACACAGAAUGGACAUACUAGACCAGUGGCUGUGGAGGCAAGAGUACUGGCUGCCACCAGGUAUCAGCUGGGAGGACAUGAGUAAGGUGGCGGGGGCUUCCUGCCCUCGCCCCAGAGACCUCACCCUGUCUCUGCCCAUUGCCGUUGCAUUUAUCGGCCUUCGCUACAUCUUUGAGAGGUGCAUAGCAGUGCCCUUAAGUAGGCACCUUGGAGUUCGGGAUCGAAUAAGGGUACCGGUCUUCCCCUCUCCAAAACUGGAGGCUUUCUACAUGCAGCAUCGUCCUCGGGAACCAUCCCAGAGUGAGAUGACUACACUGGUGAAGCAGAGUGGUUUCACGAAGAGACAAGUUGAGUUCUGGUUCCGCCACCGGCGGAAUUUGGACCGACCAAGCAGUACCACAAAGUUCUGUGAGGCUUGCUGGAGGUUUGUAUUCUACCUGAUGUCGUUCUCUUUCGGACUUCUGUCUUUGAUUGAUAAGCCAUGGUUCUGGGAUCAGAGAGAGUGCUGGAGGGGUUACCCACAACAGCCUGUGGAGCAAGCUCACUUCUGGUAUUACCUCAUAGAGCUGGGCUUCUACUGGUCUCUUCUGCUCUGUGUGUCUGUGGAUGUCAAACGCAAAGACUUUAAAGAGCAGAUCGUUCAUCACAUUGCCACCAUUUUCCUGCUGGGCUUUUCCUACUGCUCCAAUUACGUCCGUGUUGGUACACUGGUCAUGCUGGUCCAUGACUCAUCGGAUUUCCUGCUGGAGUCUGCCAAGAUGUUCAACUAUGCUGGCUGGAAGAAGACGUGCGAUUCCCUAUUUGUCAUCUUUGCAGUCGUGUUCCUAGUCACACGGCUUGUGGUAUUUCCCAGCAAAAUAAUUAAUACAACCCUCAUCUUGUCCAUGGAAAUCUUUCAGCCUUUUAUGGGUUAUUACUUUUUUAACGCCCUGCUGUUGGUUCUCCAAGCACUGCACAUCUUCUGGGCUUGGCUGAUUUUACGGAUGGUCUAUAAAUUUCUCUUUUUGGGGAAGCUGGAAAAAGAUGAACGCAGUGAUGACAGUCUAGAAGAUGAAGAAGACUGUGAGGAGGAGCAGUCUUCUUGGAAGAAAAGAGAAGUGGUCCUAAACUCUAAACUGUCGAGCUUAACCAGCAGUUGUGUGAUGAACACCCUCACACGUCAGAGAGCAAACUCAUCCUCCAGACUGCCCAAGGCAAGAUAAGCUUCUCAAGCCUCUAGUGACUAAAGCGGUUACAAACAAUAUGGUCUCGAUUGUUGGACGUGCAUCUGACCAUUGCAUCUGAGCAUCAUACUGAGGACUUUACAAUAAUACCCCUGAACUAAUGACACACUAAAUAAAUGAAGUGUGUACCAUGUAUUUCACCUCUUCAUGGCAGCAUGGUUGUAAAGGUAAGGUUAGCUUGUGGGUGGUUUUAAAGGACACAUUCAUGUUAAAACAUAUUGAGGGAACCACAGGAUAUUGUAUUGUGGCAUUGUAGAUAUUUUGUAUAUAGACUAUAAUGGUCUUUGCACUACCUCUAACAUGGGUAACAUGUUGUUUCAUGUAGUUACACAAUUUACUGCCAGAAUCAUCAUCAAAGUAAAUUGCCUGGCAGGGUGUGUGACUGUUUGAUUAAUGACUUGGUUGGUUUUGUCCACAUUGAUCAUUUAACAAUAUAUACACUUCUUAUUGUAUAUAAUUACAGUCAUUGUAAAUAUAAGCCUACACUAGA